CCUUCCCUCGAUAAAGCCUCCCCUAGGAAACUCGACUUGCUCUCAAGGGUUCCUGGUUUACUCUCCUGCGCGUCGUCCGCCUUUCUUCCUGGUUCGUGCGCUCUUUAGUUUUAUUUUUUAUUUUAACGAGAGUUUGGCCUCUCUGGCGGACCUUCCCGCAGGACGAAGCGCUGUCGGUUUCUCUCCUCGUUGUCCUCAGUUCCGGCCUAGGGACGCCUUUCCUGAUCGGAAGACGAUCGGCGUCGCACGGGCUGUGCUGUAGCUGAUGCAAUGGGGUUACUCUUGCUGGAGAGCCGCUGAAAGAAGUGGGGGAUUCCGCGGACAGAAUUCUCCAAAAUUGCUGUUUUGAAUUUUCUGGAUAAAACAUUAUAAGGCGGACUUUAAAUUAAAAAUACAAGACUUACCACACUCCUUAAAAUGGCAGAUAUUCCAAAUGGAAGCUUUUGCUCUCUUAAGCCUCUUGAACUGUUUGAACAAAUAGCUGCACAAGGAGAAAACGUCAGAUCAUUGAAAUCCAUAAAAGCACCAAAGGAUGAAAUUGAUGCUGCAGUUAAGUUGUUGCUGUCAUUAAAAGUAACCUAUAAAACAGCUACAGGUCAAGAAUAUAAAGCAGAUUCUCCUCCAACAGAUUUCACUACAGUCAGUAACAGUCCAGACAACGUUGACGAGGAUGAUUUUGUGGACCCCUGGACAGUGCAGACAUCCAAUGCAAAAGGAGUAGAUUAUGAUAAACUUAUAGUUCGAUUUGGCAGUAGCAAAAUUGAUAAAGACCUCAUCAAUAGAAUAGAGAGAAUUACAGGUCAAAAACCACAUCAUUUUCUACGGCGAGGUAUUUUCUUUUCUCAUAGAGAUAUGAACCAAAUUCUUGAUGCCUAUGAACAGAAGAAGCCAUUUUAUCUUUAUACAGGCAGAGGUCCUUCAUCUGAGACAAUGCAUGUUGGCCACCUUAUCCCAUUUAUGUUUACAAAGUGGUUACAAGAAACAUUUAAUGUUCCAUUAGUCAUACAAAUGACUGAUGAUGAGAAAUAUUUGUGGAAAGAUCUGACCAUUGAGAAAGCCUACCAGUAUGCUAUAGAAAACAUCAAGGACAUAAUAGCCUGUGGAUUUGACAUUAAUAAAACUUUUAUCUUUUCUGAUUUGUCUUAUAUGGGGACAAGUGUAGGCUUCUAUGAAAAUAUUAUUAAAGUUCAAAAGCAUGUGACAUUCAACCAAGUAAAAGGAAUCUUCGGUUUUACAGAUAGUGACUGCAUAGGAAAGAUAAGUUUUCCUGCUAUUCAAGCAGCUCCAUCCUUUAGCUCAUCAUUUCCAAAGAUCUUCAACAAUAGGAAGGAUAUCCAGUGUUUGAUCCCAUGUGCAAUUGAUCAGGAUCCCUAUUUUAGAAUGACAAGAGAUGUAGCUCCUCGGAUUGGCUUUCCCAAGCCAGCAUUACUGCAUUCUGUCUUCUUCCCAGCUUUGCAGGGAGCACAAACAAAAAUGAGUGCUAGCGAUCCGAAUUCCUCCAUCUUUCUUACAGAUACACCCAAGCAAAUCAAAACAAAGAUUAAUAAGCAUGCUUUCUCUGGUGGCAAAGACACUGUUGAAGAGCACAGGCAAUAUGGUGGUAAUUGUGAUGUAGAUGUGUCUUAUAUGUACCUCACCUUCUUCCUUGAAGAUGAUGACAGAUUAGAACAAAUUAAGCAGGCUUACACAAGUGGAGCCCUGCUGACAGGAGAACUCAAGAAGGUGUUGAUUGAAACUCUUCAGCCCUUGAUUGCGACUCACCAGCAAAGGCGAAAGCAGAUCACUGAUGAAAUGGUGAAGGAAUUCAUGACCCCACGGAAGCUGGCAUUUGACUACUAAAUCUACAACUGCAUGUUAAUUUAUCAGCACAUAAAUAUCACACUUUAUUGUACUUUGUUGUUCUUUUUUGCCUUAAUUAUGUACAGGCAUAAAGAGCACUGCUUUCAAUUAUUAAAUUAUUCAUAUUCAACUAAUGGUUAUGUGAGAAAACCAUGUGUCUGUAAUUGACAAAAAAAUACAGAAGUUAGUUGUAGAUAAUAUAUGGACUUUAUAGGUUAGCAUGGUGAUUUAUUUCCCGGAGAAGAUUGCUUUUCCACAAAAUACCUAGUUUCAAUGAACAUGUGGAUAGGAAGAAAAAUGACAACUCUGGAACAUUUUUAUAUCAAGUAGGAUUUCUUGUUUCAUCUCUAACUUUAAUUCUUUGUUACAGUCAAUAUAACUUCAAACAUUUCAUUAUCCUAAUUAUGGUUCUAUCUGUUUAAAUUGUGAUGUAUUCAUGUGUUUUACAGUCAUAAGAAUACUUAUGAUAGCUUGAA